CAUCCAUCGCAAGGUGGGCUCGUGCUUUAGGAUAGAAACUAGAAACGCCUCCAAAUUGCGCAGGCAGGCAGGCAAGAGGCAACAACACAAACAAACAACACGAGACACAGAGCUUGAGUUUGUAAAACAUGGCUUCAGUGGCACCACCAAAAGCCUAUCCUGGCUGUCUCUGUAAGGCUCGCAGCAUCGAACACCACAAUGGGUUCACUCGUCCUCGUAUCCUCUUUUGUCAGCAGCAGGAUAACGACAACAAACCCCAGCAUCAAGUUGCUCGAAGGGAAAUAGUACUAAGGAGCAGUGAAUUAGCAGUAGCUGGUGCCAUUCUCAAUCUCGGUGGGAAAAAGCCUGAUUACCUGGGGGUGCAAAAGAACCAACCAUCAUUAUCUCUGUGCCCAGCUACAAAGAAUUGUAUCUCAACAUCGGAGAAUAUCACUGAUCUUACCCACUAUGCCCCUCCAUGGAACUACAAUGGUGGUAGAAAAAAGCCAGUCAGCAAGGAACAGGCAAUGGAAGAGCUUCUUGAUGUGGUAAGAUCAACGAAACCGGAGAAAUUUACACCAAAGAUUGUAGAGAGGGAUGAUGAUUAUGUGCACGUGGAAUACCAGAGUCCUAUUUUAGGGCUAGUAGAUGAUGUUGAGUUUUGGUUCCGGCCAGGCAAUAACACGAUUGUGGAGUAUCGGUCUGCAUCACGCUUGGGAAACUUUGAUUUUGAUUACAACAGAAAGAGAAUCAAGAUAUUGAGACUAGAGCUGGAGAAGAAAGGCUGGGCAUCUGCAGAGAGUUUCUGAAGGCCCCCUGCCUGAUAGCUGCGCUGUUAAUUUAGAACAUCAACAGCAUUCAUUGAUGUUGAAAAAAAUAUAAAAGAAUAAGAUUGUACUAGGAAAAUUUUACAUCUACCCAGUUGUACCCCAUGAUGAUUUGUUUCCCGGUGAUCAAAUGAUCCACGGACAGAAGUCAAAACUGAGUAGAUACUCUCUAGUGGGUACAGUUGUAAUAAUCUCCAUGUGUUUACAUCAGGAGUCCCUUACUCUUGAUGAAAAGGGACUAGGGAAGCUAGAACCCUGAACCCAAUUCCUACAGUGAUGGGAAUAAGUGCAAUUAAAAUUCCAAUAGCAUUGCACAUUUGUGCCUUGACGAGACCAA